CACGUGACAAUGUCUGCUCCCUGUGCGGCCUCAGCGGCUCGCGAAAGUUUAUUCCUGCACGAGCUCCAGUCCCCGGUUCGCUCUUCUCUCCAAUCGGUGCGGCUCGCGCGGUCAUGGCGCGGAGACUCGAGCGGUUCUGCAGCCCAGGAAAGGGCCACGGGCUCCGGGCGCUCGCCCCGCUCAGGCCCGGGGAGCUGCUGUACACGGCCGAGCCCUUCGCCUGCACGGUUUCCACGAGAGGAAGAGGGUCCACCUGCGAGAGCUGCUUUUCCAGGUAAUGCAUACAAAUACCACUCCGCACCUGAGAAGAAGGAAAAACUCCUCAGAUGUUCUCAAUGCAAGAUUGCCAGAUACUGUGACGCAAGUUGCCAGAAGGCCGCUUGGUCAGAGCACAAGAGAGAAUGCAAGUGCCUCCGGAGCUUCCAUCCCAGAAUCCCGACCGACUCCGUGCGGCUUGCCGGGCGGAUCGUCUUCAAAUUACUAAACUAUUCAUCCUGUCCUUCAGAGGAGCUGUUCUCUUUGUUGGAACAUGAAUCACAUAUCAAAGAGAUGAGCGAAGAAAAGAAAGAAGGCCUUGGGCACCUGGCAACAAUGCUGCAGCUUUAUUUAAAAGAAGAAGUCGGCGAUUUAUCCCAGCUGCCUCCUGGUUUAGAUAUUAUCCACCUCUUCGCCAUAAUGACUUGCAAUUGUUUUACAAUCAGUGACGGAGAACUGCAGGAAAUUGGAGUUGGUCUGUAUCCCAGCAUGUCACUGCUGAACCAUGACUGCGACCCAAACUGCGUGAUUGUGUUCCAGGGCAGGCGUCUGUUUCUCCGGGCAAUCAGGGAGAUCCGCCCAGCAGAAGAGCUCACUGUCAGCUAUAUUGAUGUGCUGGUACCUGCCCAGGAGCGAAGAACCCAGCUCCAGAAUCAGUACUGCUUUGUCUGUGAAUGUCAGCAGUGUGACACAAGGAAUAAGGAUGAAGACAUGCUGGCAGGGAAUGAAAAGGCUUGGAAGUCUAUCAAAGAUGCCACCCCGGGAAUGGAGAAACUUCAAUCUCAGCACCAGUGGGAACAGGUUUUGUCUCUGUGCCAGACUCUUGUGGAUAACAAUCAAGGCAUUCUUCCAGACACCAACAUCUAUCUGCUUAAAAUGCUUGACUACACUAUGGAUGCGUGCAUCAAUCUCAGAAAGUGGGACAAAGCUCUGUUCUUUGGCACCCGAACUUUACAACCAUAUAGGAUGUAUUACCAAGGAUUCCAUCCAGCAUUGGGAGUGCAACUCAUGAGACUGGGCAAGCUUCAGUAUUACAUGGAGAGGUUCUGUGAGGCCCUUGAUACUCUGAAGCAGGCCUAUGAAGUCAUGAAAGUGACCCAUGGGGUGGACCAUCCACUGACCACUGACCUGCAACAAAUGCUGGGGGAGUGCCAAGCUGAAAUGGACAGAACCACAUAGAUCCAGUGGGGUGCUGCCACGAUUGCUCACACACACAGCUCACCAUCGCUGCAGGCGAAAGUCUGGGCAAAUUGCAUUGUGUGGCUUCACAGCUUUUUUCCUUUCUAGUGAUGUUUAAACACAUAGCUGCAAGUUCUUGUCCCACCUCAUGGAAUCCCAUAAAUAAAAUCUUUAUAUUCUUA